AUCUGCCCUCCUCCGCCCAGGUACUGCACCGACGACAUGUUGCUCCGGGAGAUGAUGUCCGACCCGAUGUUGGAGCACUACGGGGCCAUCGUGAUCGACCAGGCCCACGAGAGAACUGUUAGCACCGACGUCCUGCUGGGACUGCUCAAGAACAUCCUGGUGCGUCGGCCGCACCUCCGUGUGGUGGUCCUGACUGUGUCGUCCAUGACAGAGCGACUGCUGGCACACUUCGGUAGUAACGUCCCUGUGGUCAGUCUGGAAGCCGCCCGUCCAGCCGAGGUGGUCUUCAGCCCCAGUAAGGACUAUUUGUACUCUGCCCUCAGGCUGGUGCUGAAGAUCCACCAGACCAGGGAGGACGGAGAUGUGGCCGUGUUCUUGGCUUCAGCUCAAGAGGUGGUCUGUGCCCAGGCUGUGCUCCAGAGGGAGGGAACCAGGCUAGGAGCAGACCUCGGGGACCUGCUCCCUUUGAGGCUGUACCCUGGCCAGGUUUGGGGCCCCCCUCCCCUGGUGGAGGAGUUUAGGGGUACAGGCACAGCCAGGUGUCGGCGGGUCUUCCUCUCCACCCGUCAGGGCGAGGACCUGUUCUGGGCUGUGAACUCGGUCCGCUUUGUCAUCGACGCGGGUGUGGAGAAACGAUGUGUGUACAUCCCCAGGAUAAGAGCCAACUCUGAAGUCCUUGGACCCAUCAGUAGAUCCCAGGCAGAAAUCAGAAGGCAGCUCAUUGGAUCAACAGGAAAGUGUUUCUGCCUGUACCCCGCGGAGACCCAGCUCCCCACAGAGAUCUCUCCUCAGAUCCUGGAGUCCAACCUCACGUCCACUGUGCUGUUUCUCAAGAGGAUGGAGAUAGCAGGGCUGGGACACUGUGACUUCCUCACUAGACCAGAUCCUGAGGGUCUCAUGCAGGCAUUGGAGGAGCUGGAUUACCUUGCGGCAUUAGACGACGACGGGAACCUAUCAGAGAUUGGGAUCAUCCUCUCUGAGCUCCCAUUGGAAGCUCAGAUGGCCAAGGCUCUGCUGGCGUCCUGUGAGUUUGACUGUGUCACCGAGGUGGUGACCAUCGCCGCUAUGCUGUCAGCACCGAGUUGCUUCCUGGAGCCACCUGUUGGCAGGGCCCAAGAAGCUUUGCAGUGUCACAGAAAGUUCCAGCACCCCGAAGGGGACCACUUUACACUCAUCAACAUCUACAAUGCUUUCAAACAGAGAGGACCAUACUCCAGCGUGGAGAAGUGGUGUCAGGACUACUACCUGAACCUCAGAGCCCUCCAGACGGCCGACACCAUCAGGUCUGAGCUGACGGACAUCCUGAAGAGGAUCGAGCUGCCCGUCUCUGAGGGCUCCUUCGGGACCAAGAGCAACACGCUGAACAUCAAACGGGCUCUGCUGGCCGGGUUCUUCAUGCAGAUUGCCCGUGAUGUUGAUGGAUCAGGAAACUACUUCAUGUUGACACACAAGCACAUAGCCCAGGUCCAACCGUCCUCCAGCUAUGGGGCCAGGACACACCAGCUGGGCCUGCCUGAAUGGCUGCUGUUCCAUGAAUACACUCUCUCCGAAAACAACUGCAUCCGAACGGUCUCCAAAAUCUCCCCCGAAUUGUUCAUUCAGAUGGCUCCACAGUAUUUCUUCUACAACCUGCCUCCUAGUGAGAGUAAAGACAUACUACAGCACAUCCUGGAUGGGGUUUUAUCUGGACAUGCCAAAGACAGGCAACAACAGAAUCCGACAAUUGCCAGUGAAGAGGUCAAAGACUGCAGCGCAGUGGCACAGUCCAAUGACAGAUGUGUGCUACAGUGACCUCUGGUGGAGGACCUCAGUACUGCAGAGAUAAUCUCAACCACAAUCAGAUAGUGGCUGUAGCGAUGGCUUUCACCUCCGGUACUGUUCAGACAUGAGCAUUGUAUCCCUCACCAACUUUCUCUUGUUUUUGCUUCGUAAAUGUUGGUUGGUUCUCCUCAAGUAGCCUAUAUUGAGCACCUUGAGUAGUCAAGGAACACUGUGACUCACAUAGUCUGGUUUGAACCCAGUAAUGUACUCCUUUAUUCUGGUUUUGGAUUUUCUUUUUUAUUGUGACUUUAUGAUCUUGUACAAUAUCAAAUAUUCUUUGUGUAAAAUCUGUACCAAGAUAUUAAUGUAAUCAUGUUUCCCUAAUUCUGUAAAUACAGCUCUUUGCUAUUUGAAAAAUGCCUAAAUUGAUGAAUUUAACCAAUUAAAACUUUUGGAAAACUGUUAUAUAAA